AUGGCGCGGCAGUGCCCUCCACAACUGCACGUGCCAAUGCUGCAGCAAAAACGGCUGGGGCAGCAGGAACAGCAGCAGCAGCAGAAAGAGCAGCAACAGUCCGCGAAAGUGGAGAGGCGGACGCGCUGCAUCAGCUGUAUCGAUAACGGCACCAUGCGGGUGGCCGCCUGCCUGAGCGAUAACUUUCUCCUCUCACUUUCUUCUCUUCCUGAAACGCAGAGGCAGUUCAUCAUCGCCAUCUCCACCUGCAAAGAUGAGGACCUUCUAGGCCACCUGCGGCCCUUCAAGGGCUGGAUGUGGGAACGGCAGGGGGAUGUGUCUGCGUGGGCGCCGGCCCUAAACCGCUUUGACGAUCUCCUGAAUGCCUACGCAGUGCACACGGGGCUUGCGCCAGAGGCUGCAGCUUCCCAGCCUCCCCCGUCCUUUGUCCCUUGUGAAGCCCUUGUUGUUGCCAUUCUCGAGACUUCUUACAUUGUGCUCGAGAACUGUUCCUCCAAGGCAAGUGCACUAUGGGGGAAUGAGGGAGCCCUGGGGGCCCCCGGCGAGCCGGGGGCCCCCGCGACUUGUCUUCAGAAGGGUAGCCCUGGGGGCCCCAGGGGCCCCUGCAGAGGCCGCUCUGUGUGCAGGGGAGCUGCUGCUGCUGCUGCUGCUGCGCUGUGCUGCUGCCAGUUUCUCUACGCCUCCGUGGAUGUCGUCACUGCCCUGCUCGAGUCCUUCUGCCUCCCCAUAGUUUGCGGGGCCAUUCAGCUCCUCGCCGUCUGCUACGGCUUCAUAAGGCGCAACCGAAGAAAUGCCCUUCCGCGGGACUGCCCCGACUUCGGGAAUCGCCUUUCGCUGUUCUGCUUCAGACCCGUGGCCUAUGACGCCUUUGUCCUGCAGCGGCAGCCGCAGCUGGCAGCUGCGCGCACCGCAAGGCACUCGCCGUCGCCGCCCCCUCUGCCGCGGCUCAGCAGCAGCAGCAGCGGCAGCAGGAGCAGCAGCAGAGGCAGCGGCGGCCCCGGCGACGGUGCGGGCAUGGCGGUUGAAGGCGAUGCAGCAGCAGCAACAGCAGCGGCAGCAGCCGGCAACAGCGAAACAGCGGCAAACCGGCUGGACCUCCUAUCGUUUUGUCUCGCCGAUGAGCUGCCGUCGGACAUCGACGGGUUCUUCGAGUUGCAGUGGAGUGUUCCUGCUGCUGCAGCGGCAGCAGCUGCAGCAGACAGGAGGGGAAGUGGCUGCAGUGACGCCAUGAUGGUGGACCAUCCCAGCGACAGCAGCAGCAGCAAGCAGCAGCCGCAGCAGCUGCAGCAGCCGCAAGCAGCGCGCACCGUGAGGUUGUUUUGCUCGGAGCUGCUGCUGCCCGGCUUCUCUCGCCGCACAGUGCCCCAUCUUGAUGGGACCGCCUCGUCUUGUUGCACCAGCACCGCUGCUGCUGCUGCUUCCUGCAGCAGCGGCACCACCAGUAGCACACCGGACUGCUGCAGCAGCUCCAGCAGAGACUGCACGGCUUGUGGAGCCCUCGAGGCCCACUGCCAGGCAAUUAUUCGCAAGUACAACAUACCGCCGCAACACCAUCCGGCCGUGCGCCAUCGCAUGCGUUUACUGCACGGGCUGCGUUGUCCGGCGUACCGCGGCGGCUUGGUCGACGUCUAUUUGUGUUCUCUGUCAUGCCUGAUGAUUGUAUCUCCGGCUCAGUUCUCCCAGAUGCUGCAGCAGCAGCCGCUGCUGCUUCCGGAGUUUGCGGCGCUGCUGAAGCAUGCAGAACGGAUCAGUUCCCGCACUCUUCUCCUCGCUGCGGACCUUCUGUCGCUCCUCCUCGAAGACAAGACCCUAUAUCGGCAAACCGCUGGUCUUGUCGGUGUGUUUUCUCCCUACGGUUUAUUUCUGUCUUUGUUGCGGCGGCUGUUGGCGAACCCCUUUGCUGACCGGCCCUUUCGCGUGUCUCGGAUCCACACGGCGGUCAGCAGCAGAGCCAGCAGGAGCAGCAGCAAAUGCCGCUGCUGCCAGCAGCAGCAGCAGCAGCCGGUGAUCGAGUACGUGGUUGUGGAGGCGGCCGAUGAGGCCGAGCUGCGCUCUUGGGAGCAGCGAGUGGCCAAGCCGGGGGCCCUGCGCCAACUUGAAAAUGACCUCAACCGCAUGCAGACCCUCAUGCACCUUUUGGCGGCCUACUCCGCAAUAGUUGGCACCACACACAGCGUCAUACAUGCCUUCGUACAACCAAGUCUGCUAAAAGCUCUUAUAGGGUUUCUGCGUCACCGGGACCCUCUCUUGGUUCCCGUGCAGAUGAUAGUCUUGCGGACACUGGAGGCGCAUGUCGAACAGCAGCACAGCAGCAGCAGCACCAGCAACAACAGCCAGCUGCUGCAGUUCAUUCAAGAGGAACUGCAACUGCCUGAAAGGCUCCAGGAGCGCAUGCUCUAUGAUGCUGCCUGCAUGCAGCAACGAGUGAAAGACAUGCAGCAGUAUGAACGCUGGGUUGAAAGCUGCAGCUGCUGCAGAAACAGCAGCAGCAGCGGCAGCGGCAGCGGGAGCAGCGAGCUUGCCGUAGACGGGGGAGAGAAGCCCUCUGUGGCAGCUCCAGAGAGCAGCAGCAGUAGCUACAGCCCCAUUUGCUGCUCCUCAUACGCCGGCAUUGAUUGGACAGAGCGUUGGGUCUACCCCAGGGAUGGCAGCGAUGAUGAGCGGCUGCUGUAUUGGCUGAAAGCCUGCGAAGUGGAAACGCGGCGCUGCGUGCUGAAGACGGCGACGAAACAGUUUUAUUUCUUGGCAGCAAACCACAAAGCAAAUCCUCCGUUCUUCAGAGACAUGCUGGCGCCCCGGGCGCCGCUCUCCGUCUUGUGUUCAGAUAUCAUCGGAAACCCUGAACACUUCGGCGUUGGCUGCGUUGCCUCCUUCUUCUCGGUCAUUACUGACGCUGUCUCGGACGCCCCCCGUCACGCCACAGCGAUUGCACAGUUGCCCGUCGUGUCUUUGCUGCUGGCCUCCCUGCAUGCGUCAUACCUGCGCAUUUACUUGCAGCAGCAUCAGCAGCAGCAGCUGCAGCUGCAGAUGCAGCGAGAGGGCCGGGACAAGGAGGAGAGACAGGGGCCAGGCGAAGGCGUAAGCCCGCAGUUCCACCACCAGCAGCCGCUACUGAUGCUCUGCGAGCAGCAAGACAUGCAUCUGCUGCUGCGGAGGCAGCAGCUAGCGCAGCAAUGCGUGCUGCUGCACGAGGGCACUCUCAACGCCUUGGGAGCUUUCAUCACCGCCUUGGCCUCGCACACUGCCGGCCUGCGCGUUCUUAGGCAAGACAAGGUGACGGAACUCGUCGACUCAGAGCUACAAAAACUGCAGCAGCCAAAUAAACAAGAGACGGAGCAGCAACAGCAGCAGCAGCAGCAGCAGCACCAAGGUCAGUCGCAGGAGGGGGCUGCGCCAGAUGGGGAGCAGCAAACCCCAAGCGCUGCUGCCCCUUCAGGCCCUUCGGGACAGCAGCACCAGUCGCCUGUUGCAGCAACAGACCAAGUUGCUGAGCCAGCGGGACGUGAUCCAGCAGCGACGAGCGCUGCAGAAACAACUGCUGCAGCCACAGCAGCAGAGGCUGCACCGGCGGCAGCAACCGCGGCAGCAACCGGCGGCGAAGAGUUAAGUCAAAUGGAAGUGUGUGGGACGCACCCACAGAACGAAGGUGCAGCAGUAGCGACUUCAGCAGCAGCUACAGGACCGCCACCUGCAGCACGUGCUGCAGCAGAAGCGACUGGGCCCCCACAAGGCGAGGCGGGAGCGGUGCAGGCGGAGAAGGACGCUUUGCUGCUGCUGCGGCGGCACUUGCAGCUGCAGCAGGAGGACCUCCUGUCAUUCCAGGGAGCACUGCAGCACCCAGAUGGGCGCUUCUCUCCGUGGGCUGCCUGCUCUCUUCUGGUGCAUGCUGCUGCUUCUGCGGAUGUGGUUCUUCUUGACAGAUUCGGAGAAGCUGCAGCAGGGCUGGGGACUGCGCUGGACGAAGUGCUGGGGGCCAUAGCGAAUUCGUCCACCUCGACUUCGGAGUCUUUGGGGGGUACUGAGGCCAGAGACGCUCUGGUCCGCCAGACGCUGCUGCUGCUGCAGCAGCUCAUCGUUGCAGCAAAAAAGCUUGAGCCCUGGAAGCCCGUGUCGCCGGCCCGCGCAGCGGAAGAGACUCGCCAGAAGGCCAAGCAGCGGCCUAUGGACGUUUCGGACUUGGAGCUGCGAGGAUCUUCUUCGGAAUGGCUUUUGGAUCGGCUGGCGAAUGCUGGUCGAUUUUUGUCUGCGUUCUUGGCCUCGACGGAGACACAAAGGUCCUUUGUCUCUCGAGGGGGCAUUGUGCUGCUGCUGCAGCUGUGCGACAGCAGUUGCCUGCCCCCCGGCCUGCUGCACCUUUUCCCCCAACACCCCCUCGUGCACGUGCUGCGCCAUGCGGCGCCCUACGACUCCACGCUGCAGCAGCAAGCAGUGCAGCAGCUGCUGCUGGACAGGGGGCUUUUCGCGCUGCAGCGGCUGCUGACCCUGAAGCAGCGCUGGCAGGAACAGGGCUUCUGGCCUUGCCGUGUGCCUGUCCCGGAGGCUGCUGCUGCUGUCGCUGCAGCCGCUGCUGCAGCAGGCCUGCAGCAGCUGCCGCAGCUGCUCUCUACGAUGCCGGAGCCUCUGCGCUCAAUUCCAAGAAAUGAAAGAAAAGAAUUAGUGUUCGCGUUGCAUGCUUGCUGCAAUGCCAUCACCCUCAUGCUGUCGCUACACCGCGAGUUCUGUCAGGCGUACGGGACAACGCCUUCUAGGGCUACUCCGCCGUUUGCCCAGCAGCAGCACGUCCACCAGUUGCUGCUGUUGAACCUCAGCCACCUGCUGCUGCUGCUGCAGCCUUUGCUGCCUUGGCUGCUGCAGCUGCUGUAUGCAUGCGCCGUGCCGGCUGACGGUGAGAACCCGUCGCUGCUGAAUCAGAAGCACAACAGCCACGAGCACCCCUCAGUAAGGGCCAGCAGGCUGCUGCACGAGGAGCAGCAGCAACAGCAGCAGCAGUCCAAGCUAGCCACAGCAGCAGCUGCAGCAGAUCAGCCUCUCUCCAAUAACGACAUGCUAUGGAGCUCUCUGGGCGAAUUCGCCUACUCGUCGCCUCCUCCCCUGCCAGCUGGCUGCUCCAGCAGGAGCAGCAGCAGCAGCAGCACCAGCAGCACAAGUGACAAUAACAACGCCAGCAGCGGCGCCAGCGCAGAAGCCAGCAGCGCCGCCGCCGCCAGUAGCAGCGAUAGCAGCAGCAGCGACGGCAUAAGAAAUGCAGUAGGCAGCGGGGCCAAAUUCAUAUCAGAUGAAGCAGCAGACAGUCCAGUGGUCCUUCAGGAGCUGCUGCGCGCGGCGUGCCUUACUUUCAGGAACUUCCUCUGCAUGGUGAGCCGCCAAAUUAAUGGCGGCGGGCUCCGCAGGAAGUCGCCGCAGCAACGGCAAAUUGCGUCAGCUCAUUUGUUCCUCAUAGCGGACACGGCAAGAGGCUUCUUGGACUGCAUUCCUUCUGUCCCGCUGCCUGUGGCUCCGCUCCUGCAUGCACUGCCAGCUGUGACUGCUGCGGCUGGCAGCAGCUGCAGCAGCGCGCAGCAGUUGGUCGAGCCUGAGGCUGCAGCUGCUGCGGUAGACGCUGCACGCGCAGCAGCAGUAGCAGCUCCGAGCUCGGCGGCUGAGAUGGAGGUGGACAGCGGCGUCAGCAGCAACAGCAGCAGCAGCAGCAAGUUCAGCAUUCAAGGGCUCUCAAUGGCGCAGUCGCUUUCCUACUUGUCAGACGUUUGCGACAUUCUGUACAAAUUGCACGUUGACGAGAAGAGCAAAGGAGUCCUGAUGACCCUCAGCUUCGACCUGUUCCACAAGGCAAGUAGCCUUUGGAGAAGAGGAGCAACAGGCAUAGCAGCAAAAGUAGCAACCGCGGCAGCAGAAGAACGUUUAAAUGCCGCAUGCAACGUAGCGGUGUGUGCACUCUUGGCUACUCGGGUGUGCUCCUGCUGCAAUCCGAUGGCGCAGCAGCAGCAGCAGCCGGACCAGCAGCAGAUGCAUCAGCAGCAGCAGCAGCAGCAGCAGGCUGAGACGGAAGCCUUCGAGGCGAUCAAGCCGUGCACGCACCUGACAAUACGGCAGAUGCUUCCAGCUUCCCUGUUUGCUGCAAUCGUUCCGAACCAAGACCCGAAGCAGCAGCAGAAGCAGCAGCAGGAGGCAGAGGAACGCCAGGCAGUCUUCAUCCAGUGGGUCGAGGAAGCAGCAGCACACAUUGCUGCUGACUGCCUCUCAAUUUCCCAGCUGGUCUAUUUGCGAAACGUCGCAGCUCGCCAGCUGCAAAGCUGCCUGACCUAUUUGGACAGGGUCACUUCCUGGAAGCGCUGCAUGAACUCUGCGUUCACAGCGCAGGCUGUGAGGUACUACCCAAGGCCCUCUUACUUCGAGCCUAUGGAGGAUGACGGGCAGCAGGUAUCUGCUCCGGCAGCAGCAGGAGAGGCCGCGGCCCCACUUCCCGACGGUUUCGUUGGGGCGGGAGCCGACCUUGAUAUGGGCAGCAGCAGCAGCAACAGCGGCAGCAGCAGCAGCAGCAGCACCAAGGACGAGAGCAGCAGCAGCAGCAGCAGCAGCAGCAGCAGCAAGCUGAUGACAUAUUCAACGUCGCUGGAGACGCUGAGCGUGGCCUACUCGGAACUGCACUACUUGUGCUGGGCAGACCGCGGGCAGCUAUCAUCUGUGUGGACUUCAGCGGGAGCUGCUGCUGCCGGCGAGACUGAGGAGCAGCAGCAAAAACAGCAGCGGCUGCAGGAGCUGCUGCUGCAAAUCAUCGUGCACCCAGACAUUGCCUGCAUAGAUGCUGUGGGAAUGCUCCGAAGUGUUGGCUGCGAGGCAGCGGCCCACACUUAUGUUUGGUGGGUCUUCGUAGCUCGCUGUGGGGCCCCGCUAACGGAGCGCCAGGUGCAGCAACACUUUCCUUUGCACAAGCAUUCAGGAGGAGCAGCAGCAGCAGCUCCGGAUGCGGCGCCUGCCAGCCCUGCUGCUCUGCCUGGGAACCCCGGCGAAGCCGUCGGAGCAGCAGCACUGGAGCCUCUUCCUGCAGGUGCACGCGGCCGCGGGAGCGCCUCGGCAGGCGCAGCCAAGCGGGCGGGCAGCCGCCGUAGGGGGCAGCAGCAGCAACAGCAGCAAUUGCAGCAGCAGGAAGCUGGCGCCCCCGUGGGAACCCCCGGCAGGGAGUCCGAUAACUGCAGCGACGAAGCCUCUCGGCAGCUGCACGUCCUCAUUGCUCCUUCGCUGCAAAGAACAAUUUUGUUCUUUCCCCGCAUCUUCUUCCACCUUCUGGAUACUCAGACGCCUCAGCGCCGGCAGCAGCUUCGAAGAGUGUACGCACAUACUGUGGAGGCCGUGGGUACAGCGCAGCAGCAACGGAUGCUGGUGCCGGGUGGCGGGUCUGCUGCUGCAGCAGCUGCUGCUGCAGCGGCGGCAGCUGCUGCAGCGAUCCAGCAGCAGCAGCAACAGCAGCUGCUGCUGCUGCACCAGCAAGUGGAACAGCUGGUGGAGAUGGGCUUUUCCCGCGCUGACGCGCGAAGGGCAAUUGAGUCAUCAGGCGGAAGAGGCGUCGAGGCUGCAAUGGACUUUCUGCUGGACAUGCAGCGACGGGAUGUUGCUUCUGGGGAAGAGCAGCAGCAGCAAGACAGCAGCACAGGUGGCACUCCCCGUGGGGACGAGGCUGCUGCUACAGCACCGGCUGCGCCGGCCGCUCCCCCAGAGGCCAGCCCGGCAGCAGCAGGGCAGCAAGACAGCAGCAGCAGCAGCAGCGCCAACCCAGGUGGAGAUCCAGCCCCAACAGAGCCAGCAGCAGCACCUCCCGCAGAGGCCCAAGCCGCGGAAGCUCCAGCAGAAACACCAGCAACGCCAACUGCCCCGCCGUCAGCUGCAGCAACUGCAGCAGCAGAAGCUUCUCCAUCAAACGCAGAAGCAGCGGGGACAGCAGCAGGGGGUGGGGCUUCAGAGGGAAGCCGCGCAGUGUCACCGUUGGCUGCAGCAGCAGAGACUUUGUAUGGGGCCAUCCACGCGACUCCGCCCCAGCAGCUGCCCUCAGGUGUCAUGCGUGCUGCACUUAGUGCAGCAAGUGCUGCUGCUGUUGCUUUGCCUCUGUCGCAGCCCUCGCUGCAGCUGGCGGGAGACGGAGAAAUCAGGUGGACCUGUGGGCUGCUGCGCGACCAGCUGCAACAAGAAGCAGUCUGGGGAACGCCGCCGCAGCCCCUGCUGCAGGCGCUGCUCAGCAUUGCCAGCAGCAACAGCGAACUGGCAACCAGGCACAUGCAGGAAUCCAGCAGCAGCAUCAGCAGCAGCAGCAACAACACUUGUACCGUUGGCGCGUCGACAGCAGCCUUGGUAAAUGCGUUCGCUGUGGUAACGGGUCAGCCGGAAACGCAAGAACCAUGGAUGGACCAACAGCAGCAGCAGCAGCAGCAGCAGGAAGAGCAGCCGCAUCAGCAGCAGGAGCAACAGAACGCGGAGGCAGCGAAGCCGCCCGAGCCCACUGAGCUCGAGCUGCUGCUGCGGUACGCAGACGAGGAAAUGGGACGCCAGCUUCCGCCACAGCAGCAGCAGCAAGACAAAACGAUUGAUGAGCCGCAGCAGGCGCAGCAGCAGCAACGCGACGUGAAGCGGCCGCCGCAGCUGCAGCGGGUGCUGCACGGGCACUUCAGUGACGCCUUUGCCCUUUCGCUUGGGGCUUUGCUGCGGCAGAGGCUGCUUGAAGAUCUCAUUUCGAGUGCAUGCGUUUCUCCAUUGGGAGUUCCGGGUCUUUGUGAGGUAUUUUUGAAGCUAAUUUGCUCAUCCUGCGACCUGCGGCCGCAGCCGCUGCAGCAGCAGCAGCAGCAGCAAAAAGAAGGCGCCGCAGACGCAGAAACUGCAGCACAGGGAGAGGCCGCUGCCUCUGCUGGAGCCGAGGAAGACGGGGGUCAGAUGGCAGCUCCCCCAACCGAGCAGCUUUACCCGUGGGAGGUGGAGAGCAGCAGCAGCAGCAGCAACAGGGGCACGCGGCAGCUGACCUCUGUGGAGAAGAACACUGCUGCUGCAGUGUAUAUGCUGGUGCUCAGACUGGCAUACCUGCGUGCUGCUGUGCAGCACCUAGUGAAGGCAGACCCGACCCUCAUGGGGUGCAGGGUGCCCUCAGCAGCAGUUGCUGCGGGUACAGGAGCAGCACCAGCAGCAGCAGCACGCCAGAGCGACCUUCAACGUGCAAUUGGAGUCCACGUCUGCAUGCGUGCCCAGCAGCAGCUGUACUGCUGCAGCUUCUUCAUGGCGCACUUGCUACACCGGCGUUUCUGCUGGAAGAGCAUGCUGCAGCAGUGUGCAGAGGCAGCAGCAGCGGCGUGUGAGCCAGGCAGUGCAGCAGCAGCAGCGGCCGCUGCUGCUGCAGCACAUCCCAUGUCCCUCUUCUCCUCCCUCAUCUGCACCUACGCCUCUGCAAACGUCCAUACUGCUUCAGCAGCAGCAGCAGCAGGCCAGCCUUUGCUGACGGAUGUAAAGGGGUGGUUCCAAUAUCCCGAGAUGCUGGAUUCGUGCGAAGCCGGAGCAGCAGCAGCAGCAGGAGCAGGAACAGUGAAGGCCUCCGCACUGCUGCCGCUACCGGGCUGGUGCCUCCUAAGCUAUCCAGCCACAGGCACCAUGGCCAUUCAGGAGCUGCGUGUUGCUGCUGCAGUGCCAAAGUACGGUUUGCUGCGGCUGAUUCCAGUCGACGGCGUGGAGGCGCAGAGAGAGCAGCUGCAGCAGCAGCAACAAGGCGCAGCAGCAGCAACUGGUACUAUCAUCACCGACCGCCCAUCGGGCCUCAAUGCACCUGCUGCCUCAUAUCUUGCGGCCUUCGUCUUGCCUUCUCUGCUGUGCAUGGAAGAAAUGAUGCACAUGUAUCUGCUGCAGGACACAGCAGCAGCACACGAUGCGCAGCAGCAUGAGACUGGCACCAGCAGCAGCACUGGCAGCAGCUGUAGCAACGCGGCGGCGGAUUCCCUUACCUCUGCAGUGGGGGCUUCCAUUGGGGCCGUCAACAACAGCAGCAGCAGUAGCAGCAGCAGCAGCAGUUUAGCACCGCCUGCUGUCACGGGCAGUAACCAGCGUGGGGUAACGCCCUCAAGAGCCACCCGUUCUGCGCUUGGCAGCACCAGCAGCACCAGCAACGGCAGCGACAGCAGCAACAGCAGCAGCAGCAGCAGUAACGAGGCGGCACCAGGAGGGGCAGUUGGCGAUGUGGGCUUCGAUGAGCUGCUGCGGUCAUUCACUGCAGCAGAGCAGCGGCAAGUGGUUGCUUCUUGCCUAGACUUGCUGCUAGUGUUCCCUGCAGCAGAUGGCGACACAGUGCUGGCGAUGCUGCAGCUGCUGCGGCGGCUUACCUCGAUCUACAGCAACGCUUUGAUGCUGCUGCUGCACCAGCCGAAGGGCCGCUACCGGGCGGCCCCCGUGACUAGUCAGCAGCAGCAGCUGCCGUUGCAGCACCACCACCACCAGCACCACCACCACCAGCAGCAGCAACUGCAGCAGCCCCUGGGCUGGGGCCUGGGCGUGCUGCUGCGGCUGCCGAGGACUGCAAGCUGCAGCGGGCUGGUCUCUUUGCUGUGCGCCAUAAUAACAAAUGUCCUCGAGGAGCCUUCUCUUAUUGCUGCAUGCGUGGAGAGGGGCUUGCGAGUGGCUUUUGCUGCUAGCAGCAGAAUGGCUCACCAGACACACCUCAGGGUCCACGGGAACUCUCCUACGGAAGAAACGCCUGCGCCGUUGCUGCCUGUCGAGUCUGUGCUGAAGUCUUUGGGGCCGCUGCUGUCGCGGAAUCCUUCUUUGGUGGAGCAAGUGUUGAGUUACUGCUGCAGCAUCCACCGGCAGGUGCUGCAGCCGGAAGACCCGCAGCAACAGCAGCAGCAAAAGCAGCAGCAAGAAGGGCAGGCGGGCGCAGGAGGAGGGCUCCCUGAGGGCACUUCAGCGCCUGCAGCAGACUGCCAAGAACAAGCCCGUGACACAUCAGCUGCAACUGCCAGCACCCGCACGGGAAGGGCAGCUGCUGACGACGGCUGCAGCACGGCAGCAAUGGCCGAAGACGGGCCGGCCACAGCAGCAGGCGCCCAAGAAGACGGCAGCAGCAGCAGCAGCAACAGCAGCAGCAGCAACGACACCAGCAGCAUUGUGCCGCGCCAGUUUUACCCCAGCAGCAUUUUCGUAGGCCCCAAGGCAGGGUAUCUCUUCGGCAGGGGCUCCAAAGGUUUGGGAUAUUACUACUGCAGCAGCAACAGUGGUGACAGCAGCAGCAACGUCAACGGCAGCAGCGCAAAUGAUGGGCGCACGUGGUGCUGCAGCGACAAGUCCUUCCAGGAAGUUUUGCUGCUGGGAUGGCUGACGGAAGAGAAGCGGCAGCAGCAGCAGCAGCAGCAGCAGCCGCAGCAGCAACAGCUGCAGCGCCGGGUGCGGCGGCUCCUACAAGCUGCAACAAAGCCUCCCGUUGUGGGUCCAGUGGUCCUCUCAGUGCUUUUGGAUCACUUGGUGCUGCUGCUCAGCGUGCAUGCAUGGACAGUUCCUGCGCCGCUGCCGAAGCCUUCGCAGCAGGAAGAGCAGCAGCAGCAGCAGCAGCAGCAGCGGGAGUGGCGGCAGAUGUGUGAAGUGGAAGAGGGCCUCCAUUCACACACACAAAAACCAGUGUUUCCUUUCAUAGUCACUGCUGAUCGUCUUCUUUACAUUUUGACGCAGCUUGUGUCUCUUUUCCCCCACAUGCUGCCGCUGCUGCUGAAGCCCAUUUCACUGGCGUUUCCCGCUGCACUGUCCCAUGCACAGGACAGCAGCAGCAGCAGCAGCAGCGCAGCAGCGGCUGCCGUGCAGGUGGGUGGCCGCAGUGCUGGACGGACGAGGCUGAAGCAGCAGCAGGGGCAGCAGCAGGCAAAUGGAGUCAAAAUGGAGACAGCUGCUGGCCCGAAGCAGCAGCAGCAGCAUCUGCUGCACCUCGAGCCCAGACUGUACAUGAAGGAGCCGUUUCCUUGGCCGUUUGUUUCCUCUUGCCCCGAGUUGCUGCGGUGCUGCGGCAGCGACGUGCGGCUCCUGCUGCAGCACGGGACUAAAGACCAGCAGCAGCAACAGCACCAGAGCUGCGGGGGUCCACCGCGCAUGUCUGUUGUUGACGUCUUGGUGCACGAAGUGCUGCCGCGGUUGCUGUCAAUCUCUCUGGCGGGGAGCUCGCAGGCUUCCAGCCAGCAGCUGCAGCAGCAGCUGCAGCAGCAGCAACAGCAGCAACGAAAAGCAGCAGCUGGGAUGCUGCAGCAGUUUUCCAAUCUGCUGGCAGCCAUGGGAAGCAGCAACGCGGAGAUGCGCCUUGUGCUGAUUCGCCACGUGGUGACUUUGCUGCGGGUGGCCAGGGGCCGCGCAGCAGCAGCAGCAGCAACAGCAGGAGACCCCGGCAGCAGCAGCACAAGCAUGACUGCAGAGGCAUUGGAGGCACUAAAGGGCAAGGACCUGUUGGACAUUAGUGUGGUUUCUGUUCUGGCGGGGCUGCUGCAGCGGCUGCUGGCAGCAACUCCACCUGUCCCGCCUGCGCAUGCGCAGCAGCAAAACUCCAAAGUGCCAGCAGCAGCAGCUGACGCAACAGCUGGCUGUUCAGACACCACACGACCGCCUAAUAACCCGCGGCCAGAUGGAGACGGCGGGGAUGUGGGCGGCGCAGACUGUCCCGGAAGCGCUCAGCAGGAACAACAAAGCAGCAGCAGCAGCAGCAACAGCAGCAGCAGCAACAGCAGCAGCAGCAACAGCAACAGCAGCAGCAGCAGCGGCGGCGCUAACGGCAGCAGCAGCGGGAACAGCGGCACUAGCAGCAGCGGGAACAGCGGCACCAGCAGCAGCGCAAGCCGCACGCGAAGCAGCGGGGGCGCGCAAGGCACAGCCAGCAGCGGCAGCAGCAGCAGCAGCAGCAGCAGCGCCAGCAGUGGCGGGGACGACGGAGACGAUGGGGAGCGCCCCAACAGCAAGAACUCGGGCCGCCCUUCAGACCUGCUGGAGGGCACAGACCUGCAGCAGCAGCAAACAGCUCGAGCUGUUCAAUGUCUGUCUCCUAAGGAGCAGCGGCAGCUGCGGGAGCUGCUCGCUGGGCUGCUGCUGCAGCUGAGUCUGCAGGCCGAAGACAGCCACGCUGUGGCGACGAGCAUCAUAAGGUGUCUGCUGCACCUCACAUCUCCUCCAGCUGCGCAGCUGCCAGGGCUGGAGACGGGCAAGCAGCAGCAGCCGCAGCAGCAGCAGCACAGCGGCACGGGGCACGUGUCUCCUCCCGGAAGCGUGGGCAGCGGCGGCGACCCUGCUGCUGCAGCUGCUGCAGCAGCUGCAGCAGAUGCUGCAGAGAGAGAGGAAGAGGAGAGCGAUGAGGGCGACGAAGACGAAGCAGACCUCGACGAGAUGGACGAAGACGACGAGGAGGGGGACCUCGAGCUAGUGCUGGAGGAGGACAGCAGCAGCAGCAGCAGCAGCAGCAGCAGCAGCGAGCUGGAUGACGACGACGAGCAGCAGCAGCAAGAGGACGACGAGGCUGCGGCCGCGGCCCGCGGCGCGCUCGCCGCCGGGGAGGCCGACGAGGCGGACGGCGGCAGCUUGUCUGCUGCCGCUGCUGCUGCGGAGGAAGCAGCAGCAGCAGCAGACGCAGACAACGACCACGAACCUGAGGACGAUGAGGAAGACGAUGAUGAAGACAAUGACGAUGAUGAUGAAGAUGGCUUCGCGGAACUUUCUGUCUUAGAUGGUCUUGGCGAUGAAGACGACGAGGAGUCGCAGGAUGACGAGGAAUACGGAGAGAACAGCGAAGACGAAGAGAGCGAAGGCGCAGUCGCCGGCCGCGGGGCCUUCUUGGGCUCCGGGCGGCUGCCCCACGAAAUCGACUUGGAGUCGGAGGGGGGGCGGGCGCUGCAGCUGGCGGGUGAAGACGGCCAGCUGCUGGGCCACGCGGAGGGCCCCGAGGGCCUCGACGAAGACGAAGACGAAGACGAAGACGAAGACGACGAAGACGACGACGACGACGCCCCCAGAAUCCGGGAACGGGGCGAAAUAGACUAUCUUGCGGGACCUGAAGAGGAAGACUUGGACGGCGCAGAUAUUGUGGAUGGGCUGCACCCCUUGGGCUCAGGGGCCUCCCAGGGGCCCCUGCUGGCCCACGCCUUUCUUGAAGAAACAGUCGUGCCCAGAGACCCUCCCCCUCCGCCGCCUGCAGCACAGGGGCCUGCUGCUGCGGCUGGCGGCGCAGCGCAGCAACAGCAGGACCUGCCCCCGCCUCCUGCUGCUCUUCCUGCUGCUGGUGCAGCAGCAGGAGCCGCUUCGGCUUCCGGCCCACGCGACGGCGCCCCCAUGGAGGCGGACGAACAGCAAAAUCCGCAGCAGCAGCAGCAGCAGCAGCCGGCUGGCAGCAGCGCAGUCGAUCCCUCAGCUGCUGGAGCGAUGGCGGCGGAAAACCUUGACCAGCAGCAGCUGCAGCAGCAGGGCACUUCCUUGUCUUCUUCAGCUCCCGCAAGCAGCGCGGGAGCGGCCCCUGCUGCUGCAGCCCCAGGCGCGUCAGGCCUCGCGGCCCAAGCAGCAGGAGCAGCAGCAGGAGCCCCGGGGGCUGCGACCCAGCGGCGCGGCCACCGCGGCACCGGCAGCAGCAGCCACAGCAGCAGCAGCAGCAGCGGGAUGCGCUCGCGGGGCACCAGCGGGCCCUGGAGAGCAGCAGGCGAGGGCCGGGGAGGCCGCAGCGCCUUCGCGGGAUUAGACCGGGGGGUUUUGGGUUUGCUGGAGGACGAGGAGGAGGAGCUGGAGAGCGAGUCUCAGGAGGAAGCAGCAGCAGCAGCUCCUGCUGCUGCUGCUGUGACAGCGGAGUCCGUCAACAUCAUCAGCUCGGCGCUGCAGCGAGAGCCACGGGGGGCCUUCAGGCUGCAGAUUGACUUCGGGGGCCUCGCGGGGGCUGAUGAUGCUGCAGUGAUUCGCUCAGUGCUGCAGGAAGCAGAGGAGAGGGGCAUAACUAUAGCGCCUUUGACUUCGGGCCACACGGGGGGAGGCUCGCGGCGGGCGGGAGCAGCAGCAGCAGCAGCGCCUGCAGCAGCAGCAGCAGCGGCAGCAGGCAUCAACGGCGACGACCUCAUGGGGCAGGCCCCACAGUCCCCCCCCGAUGCAGAUCUGCUGCCCCCCUCGGAGCACCCGUUGUUUCUGCAGUGCCCGAGGCCUUCUCCUGCGGCUGUUAGUCACCACCACAGCGGCAGCAGCAGCAGCAGCAGCAGUAAUCCCUUUGCGCUCUUCAGCAGCAACGGGGGAAGCAACGUCAUCACCACUGCAGGAGCAGCAAACCUCGGCGACAGGUUGCUCGAUACUCUCUUCGAAGACAUCGCAGGGGGGCUUUUCCGCCCUGCUGCUGCGCGUCGCCACGGGCAGCAGCCGCGCGUGCUGCAGCAGCAGCUGCAGCAGAUUCGCCAGAGCCGCGAGCAGGAAGCUGCAGCAGCCGCUGCAGUAGCUGCGGCUGCCGCCGGCGGAAGGCAGCAGCAGCAGCCCGUCGGGGACAUGAGCUCAGCCGUCUCCGUACCAACAUCAGCAGCAGCAACUAUGGCAGCAGCAGCUACAGCAGCGCAGCACAUGCUCUCCACUUUCGUAGUCGACAGACUAGGCACACGAAACAUCAACCGCAUCGAAGUUGACCCAGCGCCUCUGCAAGCUUGCCCUUCCCCGCAGACAUCGGCUCCAGCUGAAGCAGCAACAGCAGGAACAGAAGCAGCUGCAGCGCCGGCAGAUGGCGCAGCAGCAACAGCAGCAGCAGCAGAGGGAACUCCCUCAACCUCUGUGCAGGCAGAGGGCGUGUCGCCUCAUGCUGCAGAAGAUGCAGCAGCAGAACGCCCUGCAGCUUCCGCAGACGGCGAGGCGAUAGUUUUGGACCAGCCUGCAGAAGGCUCGGCAGCAGCAGCAGCAGCAGCAGAAGUAGCAGCAGCCGAAACUUUGGCGACGGAAGAGACCCCAUUGACUCAGCAACUGCAGCAACAGCAACAGGGACAGCAGCAGCAGCAGCAGCAGGAGCAACAGCAGCAGCAGGAUCAGCAGCAGCAGCAAGGCUCGCAGAAUCAGUCGCCCACACCGAACACUGCGGCAACCUCAGGCACAGAGCCCCCUGCUGCCAACUCAGCAGCUGCUGCAGCACAACGUGAGGCAGCAGAAGGAACGGCAGAGGCAGCGCCUGCUGAGCCGGAACCAGCAGCAGCAGCAGCACCAGCGGCAACAGCGGCACCAGCAGCAGCAACAGCAGAUGGAGACUCUAUGGACGUGGAUACUGGGGACGCGACUCAGCGUGCCACGAGCAGCAGCAGCAGCAGCAGCAACGACAGCGGCAAUAACAGCAGCAGCAACAACGAUAGCAGCAACAACGACAGCAGCAGCGGAGAGCCAUCUCUGGCUUCGCUUGCAUGCGCUCUGGGGCUGACUGAGGCCUCUCUGCUGGAAGCAGCAGGAGUGGAUCCCUCUUUCUUAGAAGCUUUGCCUGCGGAUUUGAGGCAGGAGAUACUGCAGCAGCAGCUGCGGCUGCUGACGAUAGAGGCGGAGAUGAAGGGGAAGCUGAACGUGGUGUUCCACGGGGAGGAGGGGCUGGACGGGGGCGGCCUCACCCGCGAGUGGUUUGGGCUAUUGGCGCGGGAUAUGUUCAAUCCGAAUUAUGCGCUGUUUACUCGCGAAGGCGCCAAGAGCGAAUUCAAUCAGCCAAACCCUCUUUCUGCCAUUAACCCGGAGCACUUGUACUAUUUCAAAUUCAUAGGCAGAGUCAUCGGCAAGGCACUGUUUGACGGGCACUACUUGCCGGCUUACUUUUGCCGGUCAUUCUAUAAACACAUGCUGAACAAGAAGUGCUCUAUGCGGGACGCGGAGUCGCUGGACCCCUCGUUGUACUCGAACUUGCAAAAGAUUCUGGAGUAUCCGCUCGAGGACUUGGCGCUCACCGAUCUCACCUUCAGCGUCGAGACAGACGAAUUCGGAAAACACAAAGUUAAUGAUCUGCUGCCGGGCGGCCGCCAUGUGCCCGUCACAGACGCCAACAAGGCGCUGUAUGUGCAGCUCAUGUGCCAGCGAAAGAUUGCGGGCGGCAUUCAGAAGCAGCUCGAGGCAUUCCUUAGCGGCUUCCACGAACUUAUUCCCCCUUCGCUUAUCUCCAUUUUCGAUGAUAAGGAAUUAGAGUUGUUGUUGUCGGGCUUGCCGACAAUUAACGUAGCAGACUUGCAGGAGAACACCGAAUACGUGAACUACCUACCCACCGAGCAGCCUAUACUUUGGUUCUGGGAGAUAAUGGAGGAGUUCGACACUCCCCAAAAGGCGGCCUUCCUUCAGUUCGUCACGGGCACUUCCCGCGUGCCCAUUGGCGGAUUUAGAAAUCUUGUGGGGAUGAGGGGCCCCCAGAAGUUUUCGAUUCAGAAGGCGUACGGCGAGAACAGGCUACCCUCGGCGCACACAUGUUUCAACCAGUUGGACUUGCCCGCGUACACUUCGAAGGCAAUUCUAAAGAAAAAACUGUUGCUAGCCAUUACAGAAGGCAGAGAGGGCUUUGGAUUUGUCUAA